AUGAUUGGCUGUGGCGCUUGUGAACCCGAAGUAAAGAUGGCGGGCGGGCAGGCAGCCGCCGCACUGCCCACUUGGAAGAUGGCGGCGCGCCGCAGCCUCAGCGCCCGCGGCCGGGGGUUCCUGCAGGCAGCGGCGGGGCGGCUGCUGCCGCUGCUACUGCUGAGCUGCUGCUGCGGCGCGGGCGGCUGCGCAGCAGCGGGCGAGAACGAGGAGACGGUGAUCAUCGGGUUGCGGCUGGAGGACACGAACGACGUGUCGUUCAUGGAAGGGGGGGCGCUGCGGGUGAGCGAGCGGACCCGGGUCAAGCUGCGGGUGUACGGGCAGAACAUCAACAACGAGACGUGGUCCCGCAUCGCCUUCACGGAGCAUGAGCGGCGGCGCCACAGCCCGGGCGAGCGCGGGCUCGGGGGCCCCGCGCCGCCAGAGCCGGACAGCGGCCCCCAGCGCUGCGGCAUCCGCACCUCAGAUAUCAUCAUCUUGCCCCACAUCAUUCUCAACCGCCGUACAUCGGGCAUCAUUGAGAUCGAGAUCAAACCGCUGCGCAAGAUGGAGAAGAGCAAGUCCUAUUACCUGUGCACAUCGCUCUCCACGCCAGCCCUGGGCGCCGGUGGCCCGGGGUCCGCUGGGGGCGCCGUCGGGGGCAAGGGCGGCUCCGGGGUGGCCGGGCUCCCGCCGCCCCCGUGGGCCGAGACCACCUGGAUUUAUCACGACGGCGAGGACACCAAGAUGAUUGUGGGCGAGGAGAAGAAGUUCCUGCUGCCCUUCUGGCUGCAGGUGAUCUUCAUUUCGCUGCUGCUGUGCCUGUCGGGCAUGUUCAGCGGCCUCAAUCUGGGGUUGAUGGCCCUGGACCCGAUGGAGCUGCGCAUCGUGCAGAACUGCGGCACGGAGAAGGAGAAGAAUUACGCCAAGCGCAUCGAGCCUGUGCGCAGGCAGGGCAACUACCUGCUGUGCUCGCUGCUGCUGGGCAACGUGCUGGUCAACACCACGCUCACCAUCCUGCUCGACGACAUCGCCGGCUCAGGCCUCGUGGCGGUGGUGGUCUCCACCAUCGGCAUCGUCAUCUUCGGGGAAAUCGUGCCCCAGGCCAUCUGCUCCCGGCACGGCCUGGCUGUAGGGGCCAACACCAUCUUCCUCACCAAGUUUUUCAUGAUGAUGACCUUCCCCGCUUCUUACCCGGUUAGCAAGCUGCUGGACUGCGUCCUGGGCCAGGAGAUAGGCACUGUCUAUAAUCGGGAAAAACUGCUGGAGAUGCUCCGGGUCACCGACCCCUACAACGACCUCGUUAAGGAGGAGCUGAACAUAAUCCAAGGGGCGCUGGAGCUCCGCACCAAGACAGUGGAGGACGUGAUGACUCCGCUCCGGGACUGCUUCAUGAUCACCGGCGAAGCCAUUCUGGACUUCAACACCAUGUCGGAGAUCAUGGAGAGCGGCUACACCCGUAUUCCAGUAUUUGAGGGGGAGCGCUCCAACAUCGUGGACCUCCUCUUCGUCAAAGACUUGGCCUUCGUGGAUCCAGAUGACUGUACUCCCCUGAAAACCAUCACUAAAUUUUAUAAUCACCCCUUGCACUUUGUUUUCAAUGACACCAAGUUGGACGCUAUGCUGGAAGAAUUUAAGAAAGGUAAAUCUCAUUUGGCCAUUGUGCAACGAGUGAACAAUGAGGGAGAAGGGGACCCGUUUUAUGAAGUUCUGGGAAUCGUCACAUUAGAAGACGUGAUUGAAGAAAUCAUCAAAUCCGAGAUUCUAGACGAAACAGAUUUAUACACUGAUAACAGAACGAAAAAGAAAGUGGCCCAUCGGGAAAGAAAGCAAGAUUUUUCUGCCUUUAAGCAGACAGACAGCGAGAUGAAGGUUAAAAUAUCACCACAGCUUCUCCUGGCCAUGCACCGUUUCCUAGCAACAGAAGUAGAAGCAUUUAGCCCAUCCCAGAUGUCAGAGAAGAUCCUUCUAAGGCUGCUAAAGCACCCCAAUGUCAUCCAGGAACUGAAGUAUGAUGAGAAGAACAAGAAGGCCCCAGAAUACUACCUCUACCAGCGAAACAAACCUGUAGACUACUUCGUUCUCAUUUUGCAGGGGAAAGUGGAAGUAGAAGCUGGGAAGGAAGGUAUGAAAUUCGAAGCCAGUGCUUUCUCCUACUACGGUGUGAUGGCUCUCACAGCCUCUCCAGUUCCUUUGUCCCUGUCUCGCACCUUUGUUGUCAGCAGAACAGAGUUGUUAGCAGCAGGUUCUCCAGGUGAAAACAAGUCGCCUCCUCGUCCCUGUGCUUUGAACCACUCAGACUCUCUGAGCCGAAGCGACCGGAUUGACGCUGUAACGCCGACCCUGGGGAGCAGCAAUAAUCAGCUCAACUCUUCGUUCCUCCAAGUCUACAUCCCUGACUACUCCGUGCGGGCCCUUUCCGACCUUCAGUUCGUGAAGAUCUCGAGACAGCAAUACCAAAAUGCCUUGAUGGCAUCCCGGAUGGACAAAACUCCUCAGUCUUCAGACAGUGAAAACACUAAAAUUGAAUUGACUCUUACGGAGCUGCACGACGGGUUGCCAGACGAGACCGCCAACCUGCUCAACGAACAGAACUGUGUGACACACAACAAAGCCAACCACAGCCUGCACAGCGAAGGGGCCAUCUAGGGCGCCCCCCGCCGCCCCUCACCCCCAACUCCCAAGGCCCCAGGCCAGCUGACCGUGAAUCCCAUUAGUGUGAGCUUGUGUGCCAUGCUGCCUCCCGCAACAUCCUGAGACCAAAGACUUUGUCCCCUUCCCGGAAGCAGCGGCGGAGGAUGGUGAGGGCAGGAGGGGAAACGAGAGGUGUGACAUCAACGGCUCGGGCGUGGCAUUCGAGAUUUUUGGAGAUGAACUUCUUCCACCCAAAUAGAAUCAUGUUUAUUUUUUCAGUUGUACCUUUUAUCUUUAUUCACUCUCCUCCUUCCUCAGUUUGCAUGAAGUUGGAAAUUGUGGCAGUUUAUUAAUUUUUUUCCCCAAGAGAUCAUGUUUUCAAACAGUGUCUUUUGCAGAGUUUUACGUUGUUCUGUCUCAACUCUGCCGUGACUCCGUGAUGGGACCCGAAGGGACUCGCUCCACCCGCCGGCGGCCUUGCCAGCCUUGCCGGCCCUCCUCAGGAGGGGCACGCCUGCUCCGUGCCCAGUGGGUGUCGCUGUGGAACUUGAAGGAUGAAUGAAGAAAACUGUGGCUGCGGACCUGCCAAGUCUGUCCCACUGUGGGGCGGAGCCUGUGCGGGGCCGCGGUCGCCUCUGUGAGCUCCGUGUUGUUUUAAGUUAAUGUCUAACCGUGUCCCUUUCCCUCAGAAAGGUUUAACAUUGGCCUGGAAUGUGAUUUUUUUUUGCUCCUACUCUAAGGAAUUUUUAUCACCAAAAUGAAUGUUAAUGAAUUUGAAACCCAUGGUUUAUCAUUGGCAAGAGGCAAGGUGACUUCAUCCCGCAAUUCCUCCAGCCUGGAUUCUCCGGCCCGGCCAGGCCGCCUCCCCGGCCCGGCGCCCCAGCCUCCAGAGCGCCGCCACCCACCUCCCCAUCCUUGCUCUUGCUGACCCAGGAUGCUGCUACACAGAUGCCAAACGGAAAUCUUC